GCUCCCGCCCUCAUUUCGCACAGACGCAAGUUGCACUCCAACAUAGCGAUUCCUGGAAGAUACUAGUCUUCCAUCAGCGCUAUUAAUUAAUCUAGACUCAAAAAAUAUCUAUUUCUAACUCUUUCUCUUUCACUUCUGUGCUAACUACAAAUCAAAAUGAAAUCCAUGAUCGUUGUUGCUUGCUUGGCGUUGGCGUGUGGCGCGCAUGCGUCCGGAUGGACUGGUCCUCCCGCCAACAUUGCUCUGUCACAAGACGGACGCAACAUCCUCGACACCCCCGAAGUAGCGCAAGCGCGUGCCGCCCACCUCGCCGCGCUGUCGCAGGCUAACCAGAACAACCCCAACCCCCAGGACGAUGGCUCCUACGACCCUCGCUGGGACAACGAAGAGUACUGGCAAGGAGCUGAACAGAACAAGUGGAACGCUGCCCCCGCUGGCCAAUGGAACGGUGCUCAGGCUCACGGACAAUGGAACGCUGCCCCCGCUCACAACCAGUGGAACGCUGCUCCCGCUGCCCCCGCCUGGAACGCCGCUGGCCCUGCGCCCGCUCCCGUCGCUGAAACCCCUGAAGUAGCCCAGGCUCGUGCUGCCCACCUCGCCGCCCUCAACGCCGCCAAGGCUGUUCCCGCUCAGCCCCAAUGGAACGCUCCCGCCCACAACCAGUGGAACGCUGCUCCCGCCCACAACCAGUGGAACGCCGCUCCCGCUCACAACCAGUGGAACGGUGCUCCCUCAUGGCAGUCUGGCCAGGCCCAGCACCAGCCCGCUAACAUCAGGCUAGCCAACGACGGCUCCGGCAUCCUGGACACCCCCGAGGUCGCCGCCGCCCGCGCCGCCCACUUAGCAGCCCACGCGCAGGUCGCGCACGCCGCGCCCGCCCACCCCCAGCAGCACUGGUGAACUGAUUGACUCCCUUCCUCUGGAUUCCUGGACUAUGAGCUGGCCCGUGACGCGUGCCCAGUGACCGCGUGUCGUGUGCUAGUUUUCUGUUGAGGUGUCUCUCUUGUUCUUCCUCCGAUCUCUUCUUCUUUUAGGAAUUAUACAAAGUGCAAGUGCGUCAGCCUAUUCUUUCCUGUGGCUUUUUUGUUACUUUUAUAAGAAAUUUCUAUUGAACGAACUUUUUGUACAUAAUAAAUAAUUUGUAUGUAUGCGUUAAUAACGAAUUAUAUAGAACGGAAUAUA